CACGCGCGCCAGGUUUGUUUAGAUUUCAAUUCAACGGCAGUUCGCAACGGCGAGCGCGAGAGCGAUUAGUGACUUUAUAUAGUUGGUUACAAAUAUAUAUAUUGCACCGCGUGUGACACAAACGCCCCGAGCAAACAUCUUGCGAGGAUGUCUACUGAAAGUGCCUGGUGUAAGGCCUCAGGAGAGCCUAGUUUUGCUCAGAUUUUGAAGAAGAACAUAUCUCCAAAGCCUCCUCAACAAAUGUUAAAUGUAACUUUCACACCGCAAGGUGGAAAUGCAGAUGAUUUAGACACCGGUAUAUCCAGAGUCAUUCAAAUUACAGGUCAGUUCCCAAAGUCGCAAUUUGCUGAGCAGGCAAAAUCAAUCUCAAACAGUGCGUUAGCACCCAAGAAAGUUUCUCGGGAAUUUAUUGAUAAAUACAGACGUGGUGAGAUCAAUCCAGUUUCGGCUUUGCAUCAAUAUGCACAGAUGUUGCGCAUGCAGCUAAUUUUGAAAGAAACAGUAGCUACAGGCAAUGUAUUUGGGCAGUACUUUGCAUUCUGUGCUGUGGUUGAUGGUGUUGAAUAUAAAACAGGAAUGGGCCAAAAUAAGAAAGAAGCAAAGGCUAAUGCUGCACAAUUAGCUCUCGACGAGCUCCUGGACAUCGAACUGACCAAAACCUCUCCUUCAUGUCCUGCUGCAAUAUCUGAUGAACGUAGAGUAAUAGCUGCACAAAGUCUGCCUUCAAGAAAUCACCCAUCAAAGCUGGGUAAUGAAGGAAGAAAUCCCUAUUACAAAGCUGUAUCCAUAGCCUGCAGAGACGUAUUUAACAAGCUGACUGCUAACCUGCCUGAAUAUCAGAACUGUAGUACAUCUUUGGCUGCUUUUGUGGUUGAAAGACAUGGGCAGUCUUGUGAAGUCAUUGCAAUUGGAACAGGAGAGAAGAACUGUAAUGAUCCCUUGUAUUCUGAAGGCCGAAUUGUUCACGAUUCCCAUGCUGUGGUCACCGCAAGACGCUCUCUGUUGAGGUAUCUCUACAGACAUCUCCUAAUGUUCUACAACAAAAAUCCUGAUGUGGUGAGCCAGUCCAUUUUUUGCAACGAUUCUGGAAGAAACGUUCUCAUUGUUAAGGAUCGUACAAACUUUCAUCUCUAUUUGAAUCAGCUGCCAAAGGGGGCUGCUCAGAUUAAACAGCUGCAUUUGGCUCCUCAUUCAAUAUCAACAUAUCAUACAAAUAAAGAAAUGGAACUUCAUGUUAUUUUGGAUGGAAAAGUGUAUUCAACAAGUCAUUGCAGUGCUGAAGUAACUGGUGCUAGAAUUUGUAGCAUGUCUGCCAGUGACAAGCUGACUCGUUGGGAGGUGCUUGGAAUUCAAGGAGCAUUACUUUGUCACUUCAUUGAGCCCAUUUAUAUUAGCAGCAUUCUUCUUGGUGAUGACAGCUGUUUGGACACACGAGGUGUUGAGGUUGCAAUUAAACAUCGUAUCGAUGAUUCGCUAACUUCAAAACUCCCAGAUUUCUAUAUUGUCAGCAAACCACAUAUAAGCCUUACAGAGGCUGCUUUUCCUUGCCAGUCAAAUGCUGUUUAUAAAUCUCUCAGCCUGAAUUGGUCUCAGUCAGAUGGGUUAAUAGAAGUGGUGAAUGGUGCAGCAGGAAAGAUUGCUGAAAGCUCACCAUUUAAAAGUGGUACCUCCAUGACCAGUCGUUUAUGCAAAGCAGCUAUGCUCAGUCGCUUCUAUCUUGUUGCUAAAGAAGCAAGUCGAGAAGAUCUAUCAGCAGUUCCAACGUAUCACGCAGCUAAGAUGAUGUCAAAAGCAUAUCAAGAAGCUAAAGCUCUACUGAAAUCAUCACUGGAGCAUCAUGGUUUUGGUACCUGGCUGGCCAAGAAUGCAAAUGCAGAAGUGUUUCAUAUGCAAUGAGGAAAAAUGCUGAGAAAAAGUUUUGAAUUUGAAUUCUAAUGCACAAUCUCUAUGUUUAUCAUCAGGAUACUGCUGCAUACUGUCAUCUUGAAGAAAUUCCAGUAGAUUUUAUUUUGUGAAAUAAUGGGCAGAGAACAACUGUGCAAUUCGUAAUGUCACAUGCUUGAAUUUCCCCCAGACCAUAUGUUCAAUCACAUAACCAAUGUUGUAACUAAAUAUUUCCUUGGAUUCAAACACUUUUAUCAAUAAGCAGGUUCCUAUUUAUAGUCUACUUGCUGCUUUUCAAAAGCAGAUUGAUGAUCAACACCAUCUUCAUCAUAGAAAAGUAAUGUUAUGAUAGAUAAUAUUGGGGGAAUUUCUAUUAUUGAUUGUGAAAUAGGCUAUUGCAUAAGUAAAACCUAUUAGAUUCAUUGUUAACGUUGAAAUAGUUGUUAGGAGAAUUACAUGGUAAUUAACUGAUAAUUAGAACUUUAAGCAGGACACUCAAUUACUUACGAAAUUGCAUUGGUUAAAUCAGACAGAAUUCUGUACAUAAGAAUGAUUAUGGCAGAAAAUGUAUAUGAUUCUCGUGCCAGGAAGUUAUUUUUCUCCACGAUCUAACAUGAGUAAUGGAUAACUUUUUACUUUUGAGCAAGUCUUCAAUAAACAUAUAGUUAGCUUUACUAUUCAAGUGAUAACCAAAUGAACCAUGUUUGUACAAUGAGAAAGAGCCUGGCUUCCUUUUUGACACUCACGACAAGGUGUUCCUUGCAUAGAGAAUAUCUAGAAUUAGAUCCAAAUUCUGUCACUCAAUUCGGCCUUGACACUCGUACAGCUUUACAUUUAAUUUCUUCUGUCAAUGUAACUUUCCAUACCUCCCCUGAAAGGGAGAUAAAGUAUUCAGCAGUGAUGGUAUGGAAAUGCUAUUACAAGAUUUGUUAUCCUGUUAAAACUGUGAUAGUCCAUACAUAUUGAGAUCUUUAAUAAGGAAUGGAGAAGAUUAAUAAGUUCAUUGAUGCAAUUGUUCUUACUCCAGUCCAUAAAAUACUACAUGGGCGCAUUUGAUUACUUAUUGUGCAUUUUUGAAGGCCAUUAUUCAGAAUAUAACCAAUUAAAUCUAUAAAAUCUUCGAAUUGCUUUUCAUCUCUUUAAUAUUAAUGGAACUAAAAACAAGAUUCACGGCAUUAAUAUUUGUAAUAAUGUCAAAGUCCUUAUGAUUUGAGUGCUUUGGAUUGUGGUUCAUGGUAUCUCGGCAUGAAUUGGUGGCAAGGAAUAAAUAACCUGACUUUUCUGCCACAAUAGAAAGGUGCAGCUUUCAAUUUCUGUCCAACAGUAAUUUGCAUGCAGACUUGUUUAGAUUAACUACCAUCACAGCAAGGUUUUACUAAAAUGUGUCAGAGAUAAAAAAUUGAGCAUAUCUUCAACUGAGUUCCUAAUCCCAGUGAGAUUCACAAUAGUAUAAAAAGAAUGAGGUGAAUGAUUAAUCUAAAUAUAGCUUGCCAGAUCUGAAAAAAUGUUAAAUUGACCACUUUUCAGAUUGAGCCAGCUAACUGUAAACGGGGUUGGGUUGCGGGGAAGGGGGUUUGGAGGUGGGGGUUAAUAGUCAAGGCAUUGUCAACACUGCUGUGUAUUUGUAAAUGUAAAAUGCAAUUUAAGGCAGACCCCCAUCAGUUUCCAGUGUUUAGUUUGCUUGCUUUGUUAGAGGGUGGUUUAAAAGUUGAGUCAUGCUAAUUGUUUUCCCGAUUCUCAACUGUCAACUAGGCAUUUUUCAGGUGAUGCAUACCAUCUCCCUGCUCCACUUUCAUUCAUUGCAGUUGGGGAAAAUCAAAAGGAGUCCCACUACUUGAUAUACCAGGAUAAUAUUGAUCUUUGCUUUCAAUCAAAAUCAACUGUUAAAGAUCCUCAAACAAGUGAGAUUACAUCAAAAAAUUGAAUUGCAAACGGACCUGCAUUGAUAGUUAGGUUUUAUUCUCCAACCAUAAAAUGAUCUUUUCUCACCAAAGAUAGUGCAAUAAUUAAUUAAUGCUUGCAUUUGAAUACUCAACAUUUAAAUAUCCUGGCAAAGCUUCACCUGAUUAUUACCAGUGUCUGCCUUUCUAUUUUAGCUGAUAGCUAGAAGUAGUACCUAGAGUUCGAAGAUAAUUGUCUUUUUCUGUGGCCUAUAGCUGAAUCUAAAACUACACAAUGUUUAGCCUGUUUUCUUUAAUCUUGUUUUUUUUUUGCUUUGAUUUAUACUUUUAAUCUGUUCUACACUUUAUUUCCCCCCCAGAUUCCUUUCUUUAGUUGUUUUCUUUUUUAUGGAUUUUGAAACAAGUGGGAGCAACUUCUAAAAAGUAUAAUUUGAUUGAAAACCUACCAUGUGGAACUACCAAUUUCUUAAUCUGAGCAAUUUGGAAGAACUGAUGGUUCAGCUCUCAAGUUAUUAAGCCAAGUAAUAAACAUGUUGACUCUUAAAAAUGCAAUUAAAUGGAGUUGCUAUAGGAUCAAUGAACACUCCAGUGACCUGCAGAGCCCAAUUGUAUAUGGAUGAGACAGUUGUGUGUGACAGAAUCAGUAAUAAACACCAAAGGACAGGCCAACAAGGGGGUCAAGUUGAGUUGACUAUGUAGUGAGCAGAAAUAUAUAUAUUUUUGAAUAUUUGUUAUGUGGAAUUAUUGUCAGUUACAAAAGUAUUUUGAAGUUGAGUAUUUCUAUUACUUAAAUCUUCAGUUUGUCUUGGUCAGAAUAAACGUAUUCAAACGGAUGCAUAGUGGGGACAUGUACCCCACUAUGCAUCCUGACAUGAGGAAUUUGGAUUAACUGAAAAUUAAGCUCACCAGUGCCAUUGUUAGGAGCCUUUAAAGCUGCAAGCAGUUGAUAUCUUUGUUUAUAAUUAUAUUUCCAAUAAUCUCAAAAAUAAUUAUGCCUUAAUGAACUACCUUCUGAGUAAGGUGGAGGUGAUAGUAAUUAGAGUUUGUUUCUGUUUGUAUUUGUUACUAUUUCCUAUGUUGCAGCUAAACAAAAUUGUUCAGAAAUAAACAACUGCACUCCA